UCUCUCGCAGCAACACUGUAUCGGUGUCCGCACCAUGCCCAGUAGCACGUCUUUGCUGGAGGCCGAGGAGGGGGAGUCGGAGCUGCCGCCGCCGCCGCUGCUGCACGCUUUCUCCGGCGUGGGCCUGGAGGAGCACGGCGGCCCCCGGAGCCGGGGCCGGGACCCGGACCCGGACCUGGACCCUGCUUUCCCCCCGCUGCCCCACUACAGCCUGCUGGGGACGGUGCUGGACCUGAAGCCGCUGCCCUCGGGGGGGGACGGGAACAAAGACCCCCGGCACCAGCAGCACCAGCAGCAGCUGGAGCUCCUGGAGACGGUGCUGCUGUACCCCGGGGACGGGCUGGAGGGCGGCGGGGCCGCGGCGGGGCUCGAGGCCGAGCCGGCGCUGCUGGCGUCCCGGCGGAGGAGCGUGAACACCACGGAGUGCGUGGCCGUGCCCAGCUCCGAGCACGUAGCCGAGAUCGUGGGGAGGCAGGGCUGUAAGAUCAAGGCACUUCGAGCCAAGACAAACACCUACAUCAAGACACCAGUGAGGGGGGAACAGCCAUGCUUCGUGGUGACGGGGCGUAAAGAGGAUGUGGCCAUGGCAAAGAGGGAGAUCCUCUCUGCAGCGGAGCACUUCUCCCUCAUUAGAGCCUCUCGAAAUAAGACCGGCCCUCUGGCCACUGUGACCGGUUUAGGGACCCCUGCUCUACCUGGACAGACAACCAUUCAGGUUCGAGUACCAUAUCGUGUUGUUGGAUUGGUUGUGGGUCCCAAAGGGGCCACCAUCAAACGCAUCCAGCAGCAGACCCACACCUACAUUGUGACACCGAGUCGUGACAAAGAGCCCGUGUUUGAGGUCACAGGGAUGCCGGAGAAUGUGGAUCGUGCAAGAGAGGAGAUCGAGGCACACAUCGCCCUCCGCACUGGAACCUGUGGGAACAUUGAGGCUCCAGGCGUAGACAACAGUGAUUUCCAGUUCAACGGGACGGAUGUCAGCUUUGACACUUCUGCGACACCUGUUGGUUUGGGGAAGGAUGGCUGGCUCCGAGCCAGCGCGUCAUCAUCAGGUGGCGGGAGCUUGCUGCCAGUGAGCGUUAACGGUACUCAGCGAGUCAACGGCAAUACUAGCAGUGGUGUCAGGAUGUCUUCCACCUACCGCAACAACAGCUCCAGUUCCCUGGGUAGCGGCUCCAGUUCAGCCGAUUCUUUUUACAGUGGUGGGAAUGGAAACCGGAUGGCAGAUUUCAGCCCAACUUUUCCAUUUAAUGCCAAUGCUAACAACAACAACAACAACAGCAGUAGUAGCGGCAGCACAAGUUUCUGGUUUGGGGACAGCCUUCUUGGUGUGGGGUCUGAGGAGCUCAUCAGCCUGGGAAGUGGAGGUUCCUCCUCAGGGUUUGAUCCAUUAACCAUUUCUACUGCCAAUACCUCGCAUUCUGCUGCGCAGCCGCACAUCUGGAGCCCUUUCAUGGACAACCAGUCUCUUCAGGCCUUUGAUGCCUUUCAGUCUCAGACCAGCCAGCCUGGCACGCCCCGCCUCUCUCCAACUUUCUCUGGAACCGAAGCCUUGGAGCACCCUCAGGCCCAGCGAGUUCACCAAAGGCCUUUUGGGUCAGCCGGGACCCUGGAUGCCCACAGGUUCCCCUCUUACAGCUCCGCCUUUUCUUCCUCCGGUGAAAGCACCUCAUCCUCUCCUCCUGAAUCCUCUUUCUAUCGACCAGGGCUUGGAUCAGCAGGAAGAGGACAGGAGUUAUGCAUCCAGUGUAUGGAUAACCAGGUGAUUGCUGCCUUGGUUCCUUGUGGCCAUAACCUCUUCUGUCUAGAUUGUGCGACCCAGAUAUGCCAGGGCCCCGAGGCUGUGUGCCCUGUGUGCCUGUCCCCAGCUACACAGGCCAUUCAACUACGCAAUAUAUGAUUUUAUUUCUAUUUUGUUUUUAAUCUUUUUUUUUUUUUUUUGUUUCCUUUCUU